GGCCGAACCGUAGAUCACAGAAGCGCUGGCUCUUUAAAUUGAUCCUAGGGUUUCAUCUUCUCUAGCUGACGCGAGGGUAAGAGAGACAAGGAGGCGGCUUAGGGGCCGAACGAGUGAGGAGGCAAUCGUCGUCAUUACUUUUGAUCGGCCAAAAUGGGUAUCUCUCGGGAUUCCUUGCAUAAGAAGCGCGCCACAGGCGGCAAAAAGAAGGCCUGGAGGAAGAAGAGAAAGUAUGAGCUAGGCCGGCAGCCAGCCAACACCAAACUUUCCAGCAACAAAACGGUCAGGAGGGUUCGAGUUCGAGGAGGCAACGUCAAGUGGAGGGCUCUCCGCUUGGACACAGGAAAUUACUCCUGGGGGAGCGAGGCUAUCACCCGCAAGACAAGAAUCCUCGAUGUGGUUUAUAAUGCCUCGAACAAUGAGCUCGUGAGGACGCAGACCCUCGUGAAGAGUGCUAUCGUGCAGGUUGAUGCCACCCCUUUCAAGCAGUGGUACCUCCAGCAUUAUGGAGUUGAACUUGGGAAGAAGAAGAAGGCCGCUGCCUCAUCUAAGAAGGAUGCACCUGAGGGACAAGAGGGUGAAGCCCAGCAGGAAGAGGUAAAAAAGAGUAGCCACGUCCAAAGGAAGUUGGAGAAAAGGCAGGAGGGCCGCAAGCUUGAUGCCCACAUUGAGGAGCAGUUUGGUGGUGGGCGUCUCCUGGCCUGUAUCUCCUCCCGCCCUGGCCAAUGUGGCAGAGCUGAUGGUUACAUUAUCGAAGGCAAGGAGCUGGAGUUCUACCUGAAGAAGAUCCAGAGGAAAAAAGGCAAGGGUGCCGGUGCAGCUGCCUGAGUAAACUCUUUAGAAGCUCAACUGAAGUACUAUUAUUUUCCUUUUUUAUGCCUCUAAGCUACUUUUCAACUGUUGCUGAAUCUUUAAACCAAAGGCUUCCUUCUGUUAUUUGUAGUAGCGGAUUUUGUUCUGUUCGAAUGGUGGUGAACUGAGGUUCUUAAUGCUUUGUUUUUUUGCUUAAUUUA